AUGUGGGGGGGACACGGGGGUGACACGGCGGCGAUACGCGGAGACACGGGAGUACGCAGCGGAGACACGGGGGAGAAGCUGGGGAUGGUCCUGCACGGGCGAGCGCGGACCAGACUCCGGGAGAGCGGACCACGAUUGGCUGUGCGUUCGCUGAGAAGUGUGUCGAGAGCAGUAAGUACCUGCGUGACCAUGACAAUGCAGUUUGAAUUCCCCAAAAUAGACUGGGAGGCGGCGGAUUUAUAUCAGGAGUUCCAGCGGUUCCGCAGCCAUGUUGGCUUCGUGUUCGCCGGUCCUCUGUCCGCGCGGGAGAACAAGGAAAAGGCGGGGUGGAUUGCGGAGGUAAGCUGUAUCGGCGUACAAGCCAACAUCUCCGCAACAGCACUGCAACUGCCAACCAGCCACGUCACGUCACACCUGAUGAAGAGCCCUGGCGUGAACCACCAGUGA